UAGAAUAUUUUCAGCUUAAAUAUUUAUUUCUGUUAACAAACCAACUCAAAGGAUAUCCUGCUUGGUACCAUCUCUUGGAACAUGCUUACUGUUUUCUGAGAGAGGUGAAGCAUAAGAAGCAUCACACCAAUAAUAUACCACAAUAUACCUCACCAGACUGGCAUGUAGCUCAACUUAAGACCUACUUUUUCAACUCGGAGACUUUGAAUGAAAAUAAUACUGUUUUGAUUUGCAAAAUCGAUUCACCAUUUCAAAUCCACGCAGUGCAAUUAAAAAAAAAUCAUACAAGAGAGCACAAAUGAACUAUUGAUUGCAAACAUAUAUCAAACACGUCUUCGAAAUUGUGUUUUCUCAAGACAUAUUGUCAUGUCAUUCAAAACGGCAAAAAAUAUAUGAAUCUUAAACCUGUCAAACUUUAAAGGACAGGAAGAGUAGUUCUAUCAUUGUAUUUAUUAUAGUGUGAACGCAGUCUGGGUUUCAGAGUUAACUAGCAAACCAAAUAAACCCAGCUGUGUUUAAAUAUACGGCGUGCAGUGAAUCAUGCUGCCUUUCGUGGUGAUCUCAUAAUUACUGGUGAGAGCAGAUAUUUCCACAAUAAUUCCCACUUGGCAAACUAACUACUGUUUUUGUAAAGCUGCAGACAUUCAGUAUUUCAGGUUCCUGCAGGCAGAGACAGGUGGAAAACACUCCAGACACUGAGGUGCGACAAAAAAAAAAAAAAAUACUUCACCAAUGUAUUAAACUUCUUUCAAAUGUUUCAAAUAUUAUUUACAUUUUUCAUUUUACUCCCCGCUCUUUUGUACCUCCGCUGUGAAACUUUUGAAUGUCAUGAUGCUUCUGUUUCUUUAGAAACGGUUGGUGUGUGACCUCUAAUUAUGAAAUGAUCGAUUGUUACAAAUGCAUCGUAGCUUUUAGCGUUUAGCAGCUGCCUGCACUCUUGGGCAACACUGAUAUCCUGAUGGAACAUGUUUGAGUGCUUCUAUUAAGUGCCAUUUCAUUUUUGGCCCGAUCUGACCUCUCUUUUUUAUGUCUCUGGUGCCUCGUGCCCCUUUUACUGAUUGACCAUGUGUUAUCAUGUAUUCUAAACCCCUGGAUCUGUUUGCUUCAGUAAGUCAUGUUGUGUCAAAAAAAAGCACAUUAUGUCUUUUACCUCUCAGAAUACAGUUACUAGUUUGGAUUGAAGCUCAAGACAAUUUCUAAGAAACGGUGAUUCCGGUCAUUAUUGCUUUGUUAGAGAGUUCAACGACUCCAAUCUACAGCGGAUGGUUUUCCAUUUAUCGCAGUGCCUCACUGAGCCCGGACUCCCACUCACAUCACACCUCCUAAAGGUCAUACAUACAUUUAAUAUAUGUUAUAAUUUUUGUAAAUCAGGCAAAAGCCAACGUGAAAAUAAAGUUCAGUGACCUGUCUCUCUCUUGGGGACUGGGCGCCUCCAUCUUUACCAGAUGUAUUUGGCUCCUCCCAGGCAGUUUACUAAAACAUUCCAGCCCACCUCUGGGAGUCUGCUGCCUCCUCCACACACUCUCACUCAACCCCAGGAGCUACUGAGACUGAGCCGACGCAAAAUGAGAGGACUCGUUGUCUUGGUUACUUUGACCUGCUUUGCCAACGCCCAGCACCAAGCACUGAUUGACUACUUGGAGCGAAGGCUGCUCACUAUUGAGGACCGCAUCUCUCUGUGGCAUGAGCAGACCGCCCGCUACGCCUCCGAGCUGCGGGCUCUGAAGCAACAGAUGGUUUCCCAGCUGGAGAACCUGGAUAAAGAAAAGGAGACCCUGCGAAUGACUCUGGACGGAGUGGGGACCAGGGUGGAUCGGGUUGAGCGUGAGCUGGACUACCUCGAGACUCAGAAUGGAGCCCAGCCGUGUGUGGACGUGGACGACAAGCUGAUAGAGCAGCAGGUGACCCUGGUGCAGGAAAAGCAGAAGGCCAAGUAUUCAAAAUUAUCAGACUGCAGCGAAAUGAUCUCCAGCAUUAAAGCCAUGAAGAUCUUGAAGCGGGUCGGAGGAUCAAAGGGAAUGUGGACCAAAGACACCGGCAGAGGCUCCGGGAAGGUCUACGUUUUCAACGGGACGGACGAAGACACCAUCCACGAGUUUGCCUCCGUGCAAGACUUCUCUCGCUCGCCGGGCGUCACUCUGUCCAGGAACCUGCAGCUGCCGUCGGCUUGGAGGGGAACAGGGCACGUCGUCUUCAACAACCACGCCUAUUAUAUCGCUCAGGCGGACGAGAUAACGAUGGUUAAAUUUGACCUGAAUAGCAGCUCCGUGAGAGACAGCGCAGUGUUCCCGGUGCAGGACCACGUCCCGGUGUACGGCCUGACCCCGGAGACGGUGAUGGACCUGGCCGUGGACGAGGAGGGCCUGUGGGCCAUUUACGCCACCAGGCAGAGCGAGAGGCACAUAUCUCUGGCCAAAGUGGACGCCGCCUCGCUGGACAUUGAGCAAAUGUGGGACACGGCCUGUCCGAGGGAGAACGCGGAGGCGGCCUUUGUCAUCUGUGGCACUCUGUACGUGGCGUACAACACCAAGCAGCCCGGGCGCUCACGUGUCCAGUGCGUGUUCGACGCCAACGGUAUGGUGACCAACGAAGACGCGCCACUGAUCUACUUUCCAAAGCGCUACGGAUCGCACUCUAGUCUGAAGUACAACCCGCAGGAGCAGCUGCUCUAUGCCUGGGAUGAUGGCUACCAGAUCUUGUACAAGCUAAUCAUGAAAAAGAAACUAGAGAUUUAAAACACCAAAAAACACAACACCCUCCUCCCACAACUGACACAAACCACACCCAAGGACCAUUAGAGUAAGAGAGAGGUGUGGGUUCUUUAACUAAAACAUUUGUACUAAAUAUUACUACAGAACAUUUUAUAGUUUUGGAAUCCGCCCCCGGUUUAUGUAAAGCAUCCAUCUUAAACUUACUGUGGAAUAUUUAUUAUUUCAACAAGAUCAUUAGAGUCCAGACAGGUUUUUGUAUCAACAUUUACAGAGUGCUUUUUUUCAUGUGUGCAUUGGGGCACGUGCAGAUAGUUUGAAGAGUCAGCAACUUGAUUUUCACCCAAUGCAGAAAUGAGGGCAACAACAAAGCUGGAAAAAUAUAAACUUUUGUUUGCGACUUAAUCCAAAUUGAGGUGCAGAGUUCAUGAUUUACAGUGGAUCCGCAUGGAGGACCACUGGUACGGGCUAUAAGUCUGAUUCUCCAAAAGCUUAAAGUGAUUGAUUGUAAAUCUGUAUCUUUGUACUCCCAAACUUUCAGACAUCAAUGUUUGACUCUUUUCCUACUUUUAAAAUGUAUGAUGUGAUUUCACCAUCAUUGUUUUUGUUCAUGCAGCAAAUAUAAUACUUUUAAGAUACAUUUUACCAAACUGCUCACUUUAAUCUAAAUGUACCAAUCAAUCUAUAUUUUUCUAUUUUACAUUUUGUUUAGAUCUUGCAUAAAAAUACAUACUGUGUCUACAGUCAUAUUAACCUCUAGUUGAGCAGAGUACAUUAAAAAUUAACAUUUUGUUUAGUUAUGCUUCACAUUUGUCAGGUAUAAUGCUGCCAUAUAAAUGUUGUCACUAUUGUGGGCAACCUCACAGCUGCAUUAAACAUGUCUUGGAUAUUAGGAUACGUGCAGAAACUAGCUGGCUAGUCUCAUUUUUAUCAGUUUAUGCAUGAGAUGAACUUUUGGUCCAAAGCGAGCACAUUUAUUGUAUGUAUUUUGUGGCUUGAACUUUUUACUAAAUGACACCAAAAGAAGGGCACCAUUAUUUCAAUUAUACAUCUAAUAUAAUGAAAUUGUUUAGUAAUAAAAACACAUCGAUUUCCUACUGUUGCGAGUAAGAUGUAAACAAAUGAAAGCUACUAUGAGCAUGGUCGAUUCAUUUUAGGCUUUUAGACCCCAGUGGUAGUAUUAAAAAGAAACACUGCGUCAGUGUUUGCGUGACAGUUUUCUGCUACUGUGCAUGUCUUCUGGAUUUCAACUGUUUGUUGAAGCUGACCUGAACGGACUGACACGACGUCGACAUUCGGCGUGACUAAUAAAAACAUGUUUAGUUGGAA